AUGUCCGACUCCCAGCCCAAGAUCACAGUCACCUGGGGUGACAACCUCUCGAACCCUUACGGGACCAAUCCCGAGCUUAAGGCCCGCAUCGAAGCCAAGAUCGUCUCAGCCUGCGAAACUAAGGCUUACAACGAUCACAGCGGCAAGACACUUGUUGAUUUGGGAGCUAAGAGCGUGGAAAUCAGGUAUGUCCUGCCAAAUGAUGUCUACCAUGCUGCCACUCAAGAGCGUGAUGACCUCAGGAGCAGGGUCCACAAAGGAGGAAGUGAUCGGAACGCGGAAAAUCACAUUUGCGUGUGGGUUCGCGACGCCGCAGGGAAGCCCAUCUUGACCACGAGUCCGUUGACUAAAAAGAAGGGCAAGACGCACCACAUCGAUAUCGACAUGGAUGCCCUUGUUGACCAGGCUACUCGGGAGGCCCCUGCCACCUCCACGCAGCCAGAGGCGGAACACCCGGAAAACCAAGACAUCUAG